AUGGCAAACACCAAGAGAACUCUCGCCACCCCGGCCGCCGCUGUUCUUCUCCUGCUCAUCGCAGCCGCCGCCGUUGAAUUGGCGUCGGCGAGCACUCUAACGGCCUUCUCCGGGCCUGCAUGCGCCGGGAAAACAAAAGACAUCAAUGGCUGUGGGUGCUUCGACAUCAGCGCCUACCACUCAGGCUUCCAUUUCGUAUUCACGCAAGGCCAAGCAGCCAGGCUUUACACAAAAUCUCAGUGCAAGGGCACUCCCUAUGAUCUGAAGAAAGAGACCCGCAAGUGUGGACCUAACGACUUCAAGAGCAUUCGAAUGAUCUGUUGA